GGCGGACCCCGCGGUGGUGUCCGGGUCCGGUGCUGCCGGAGAGCCAGAUAGGGGCGUCCCGGUGCCGAUGAACCUGUUUGCGACCUGGGAGAUCGAUCGGUCCUCUCCGAGCUGCGUGCCCAGGUUGUGCAGCCUGACUCUGAAGAAGCUGAUGGUUUUGAGGGAGCUGGACAGAGAGGUCAGCUCCGUCGUCAUCGCUGUUAAGAUCCAGGGCUCUAAGCGAACUCUGAGAUCCAACGAGUAUCUCCUUCCUCCGGAGGGCCUCAUGGAAACAGACCUGGAGCUCACCUUCUCACUGCAGUAUCCUCACUUCCUGAAGCGAGAUGCGAACCGCCUACACGUGAUGCUGCAGAGAAGGAAGAGGUACAAGAACCGAACCAUCCUGGGCUACAAAACCCUCGCAGUGGGAGUCAUCAACAUGGCCGAGGUAAUGCAGCAUCCGACUGAAGGAGCCCACAUCCUCGGUCUCCAUAGCAACCUGAAGGAUGCUUCGGUGCGUGCGGCUGAGCUUAGCGUCCUUGCUCUCUCCAGCCAGCCAAUCGAACAGGAGGACACAAGUGGUCACCAUGGAAACAAGACCAAGGCCUCGGACCGCUCCCCUGACAUGGAGAACUACUGGGAGGACGACGACGACAGCUUCUCCUCCGAACAGGAAGGAAGUGAUGACGCAGUCCAGCCUCAGGACAUGUACGACGACGAUGACGAUGUUCAGGGAAAGACGAAGAAGUCUCACCGGAAAAUGAUCCGAACGGCCUCCCUGACUCAGCAACCGAACUUCAAACAGAAGUUCGUGGCUCUGUUGAGGAGAUUCAAGGUGACUGAUGAGGUUCUGGACUCAGACCCGGUGGGUCAGAGUCAGGAGGCUGAGGAGGACCUGGACCUCUUGUACGACAGUCUGGAGGUGUACAACCCGAGCGACAGCGGUCCCGAGCUGGACGACAACGACAGCGUCCUGAGCACGCCCAAACCCAAACUCAGGCCGUUCUUCGAGGGGGUUUCUCAGUCGAGCUCUCAGACUGAGAUCGGGAGUCUCCACAGUCAGAGGAGCCAACCGAGAGAACGAACCGCAGCCGUGGCAGAGCUGCCGUCUCCAGGGGCUCAGGGCCCCUGGGACCCGGAGGAGUCCAGAGGAGAGGAGGCUGGCCCCGGGGAAGUUGAGGAUGACGUUGCCAUGGGAACAGAUGCAGGCCCGGCUGCCAAACUCUGUAAAACUGAGUCCCAAACACACAUGUCACCAAGUAAGACGGGAGGUCAGGCGUCGCGCCACCCAUGGAGCGUCUCCACGAGGGACAGACAGAACUCCAGAGGGACAGACAGAACCAGCAGCAUCGACAGCGAGACGUCGUCUGACUACAGGACACCUCCUCCACAGGUUGCCAGGAAGUCGGUCUUGGAUCAGCUGAACCACAUCCUGUUCUCUGAUGAUCAGAUUCCUGAGUCCAUCAUCCUGAUCAACACCGUAGACUGGCAGGGACAGUACCUGUCGGAGGUUCUUUUCGAUGAGCCAAUCGUCUGCACCGUCUCAGCCGCUGACGUUCAGGCCGCCUUCAGCGCCGUCAUCAGCCGCAUCCAGAGAUUCUGUAACUGUAACUCCCAGACGCCGCCCACGGUGAAGGUGGCGGUGGGCGGAGACCAGAGCUACCUCAGCACCGUCCUCUGCUGCUUUGUAGAGCAGCUGGCCAGCAAGACGCCCGAUUGGCUGAACUACGUCCGCUUCCUCGUCCUCCCCGUUGGAUCCCACCCGCUGGCCAAGUACCUGGCGUCCCUGGACAGUAAAUUCAACAGUCUGUUCAUGGACGCCGGCUGGAGGGAGCUGUUUGGACGCCUGGAGCCUCCUGCUCUCGAUCCUGUUGGCGUAGCAGGUCGAGUGUCUCAGUAUCUGACUGGAGCUGCCGUAUCUCACCUGUGUCCGAUCUCGGAGGCCAUGCUCACCUGCAAACACAAGAGCCCCGAGGAAGACUCCUGCCAGAAGUUUGUUCCUUUUAUCGGGCUGGUGAAGGUCGGCAUCGUGGAGCAGAAUUUCCUGUCCACCUCAGUGGACUCUGAUGACAUCAUACUGGGAUCUCCUCCCUCCCAAUCAGGAGCACCGAUCGGCAUCACCUCCACACCUCCUCCCUCCCCCUCCACCAGCUGUCUGGGGGAGGUGAUGGGUCUGCAGGUGGACUACUGGAGCAGUCAGGGAGGAGGAGGAGGAGGAGAGCGGAGGAAGGAGGUGGGGAUAAAGAGCACUCUGAAGAGCAACUUCCGCUGUCUUCAGGUGUCGAGGAUCAGUGGAGGAGAACUGAUGAGCAUGACGGUGGUGACCAAAGAGAAGAACAAGAAAGUCAUGUUCCUCAGUAAGAAGAUGAAGGAGAAGGAGGCGGAGUCGAGGAGUCAGCUGAUCGAAGGAAUCAGCAGGUUGAUCUGUACCUCCAAACACCAACACACACUGAGAGUGUCUAUAGACGGAGUGGAGUGGAACGACGUGAAGUUUUUCCAGCUGGCUGCUCAGUGGCCGACACAUGUCAAACACUUUCCUGUCGGGAUCUUCAGCUACAACAAACCCUGAAGCAGCUCCUCCUCUUCCUCACCUGUAUCGGAUCCACGGUUUUGUACCAGCAGAGGAGCAGAAACCUCGUUUGCCUUUCUUCACUCACAUCGUGUUGGAACAGAAAUGUUUGUAACCUGUAAGUUACUUUUUAAUUAUUUAAAUGAGAAUGAAUAUUUAUUAUUUACUGUAAAUACAGCGUCAAGUGUGUGUGUUUGUCUGAUGACGAUGAUGAUAAUAACAAUAGUAAUUCUAUUUCUACAUGUAUUAACUGAGUUAGUUUGAUUUGACUGUUAAUGAUUUGACACAGGUCUGGAUUUUUCAGUUCUUCAAAGCUGCUUUAAAUGUAUAUGUGCAGCAGUUGUCACAGCAACAGGUCCUUUAACCCAAACCUACAAAAGCGCAGCUCAUUCGCGGUUAGUGGUCCAGGGGUCGCGGCCUCUGUUGGAAGUGACUGUUAACGCUUCUUGUUGGGAAAUCGAUCGAACCACAAAGAGACAGAAAACGACCAGAGAGUCGCGGAAUGACCACAGACAUGACUAGAGUGACUCUCAGUAGAGCGCGUAGCCCCGCCAGGGCUGGAGAGACGCCUCGUCUCGCAAUGUGAAGGAAAGUGUUAGAAAAAAAUUCCUGGAUCCAUCCCUCCACCAAGUUCAGUGCAAAUCGGUUCGGUAAUUUUAGUGUGGUCCUGCCGACAAACAGACGUGGGUGAAAACAGAAGCUCCUCGGUGGAGGUAAAUGGCGGCGAGUCUUCCUCCUGUGAAGGAGGCGUGUUUCUUCUCAGUUUCUUCUUGAAACAGAGUCGAUCUAGUUUUUAGGCAGAAAUGAAUUGACUGGAUUAUUUAGUGUCAGAGCGGUGGCAGGUAUCUGAAAACAGUCCCCAGUCCCCAAAGUCUACGUCACCCACGAUCCUCAGCUGCUGUUUCUAUGGAGAUGACUCCAUGCUGAGAAAGCAAAAUGCCGCACCACCUGUUCAACUGAUUCCCUUUUCUGAAUUGAUCCGAAAUUCUCACCUGAGAAUUAGAUCGUUUGUGUUUCGUGUUGUCUUCUCGUGUUUAUUAACUCGUCACACUGCCUCACUGUUGCAGAGCUUUAACCCUUUAAACAGGCAGGUUUUUUUUGUGAAGAUGUGGGAAAACUUGUAUGAUGUUUGAAACAAUAAACAAA